AUGCUGCGCUCCAUCAUCCGGCGCCUGGCGUCGGACCAGCCCGAGUCCGUCAACGACUACAUUGGCGUCGUAGUCCCGCUCGAGGAAGCUCACCUGCAUAGCCACUCGGCCCGGACUGGAAAAUGCGAAUUCGAGGAACGGCCGAGUGACAACGACGACGACGACGAUGCAGAGGAUGACGGCAAGGACCAGAGUGAGAGCGCGGGGAUGCUGGAGAUGAGCGCUGCCGAGUACACCAUUGAGGGUCUGAGGAAAGAGGUUAGGAGAGGUGGACAGGGGCGGUGGACUGAGUACGAGUUGAAGUCGAAGCUUAUCAACAAGGCCAUCCAGGAUAUAGGCAUGGGGCGGUAUAACUGGCAGCUCUUUGUCCUUUGUGGAUUUGGCUGGUUCGCGGAUAAUUUGUGGAUGCACGGUGUUGCGCUCACACUGCCGUCUCUUUCUGCAGAAUUUGGCAUUUCAGAACAACGUGUACGCUACACAACGUCGUCCAUCUUCCUCGGGCUCUGCUUCGGCUCCUUCAUCUGGGGCAUCGGCUCUGAUGUCCUCGGUCGCCGCAUCGCCUUCAACCUCACUCUGCUCAUCACCGGGGUCUUUGGUAUCCUGUUGGCUUUCGCACCGACGUGGGGCUGGGUGAACUUUCUCUUCGCGGCUCUCGGCUUCGGUGUAGGCGGGAAUCUGCCAGUGGAUGGCGCGUUGUUCCUCGAGUUCUUGCCGGAUGCGUCGAGCAGUCUGCUGACAUUGCUAUCGGUGUGGUGGCCGGUCGGGCAGCUGUCUUCGUCGCUGGCGGCGUGGUAUUUCAUUGCCAACUGGCCUCCCGAACAGGGAUGGCGAAGAUUCGUUCUAACGAUUGGGUUGAUUACGUUCAUCAUGUUUGUCGUGCGGUUCUUCGUCUUCCGCCUGUUUGAGUCUCCAAAGUUCUUGCUCUCGAAGGGGCGUCAAUCCGAAGCUAUUGCCGUCGUACAUGGUAUCGCCUCUCGCAACGGCGCAAAGACUUGGUUGACCGAGGAGAUCUUGGAUGCCGUCGUUGAUGGCGUGACUGAUGAGGAUGAGGAACAUUCAAGAGGUGGCCGCUCAGGUGUGUUCCGCAGCUCGGGGGUCGCCGCGAACGCUCUCCGCGAGAGGAUGAAGGCCUUUUCCGCGGACCGGCUUCGACCCCUCUUCAAGACUCGGACCCUUGGCCUCGCCACUGUUGUGGUCUGGUUCGUCUGGGCGACGAUUGGCAUGGGCUAUCCCCUCUUCAACGCCUUUCUCCCACAGUACCUCUCCCAUGGCGGUGCCGCCCCUCCGCCUGAGGACUCCCCAGACGCAGGAGUUACACCAAUCACGCCAGACACAUACCGAACCUACGCAAUCACCUCUGCCGUCGGCGUGCCAGGCAGCCUGUUGGCAGCCUACCUAGUCGACCAGAAGUCCCCCUGGCUCGGGCGCCGCGGCACGCUCGCCUGUUCGUCCUUUGUCUCGGCCAUCUUCCUCUUCAUGUUUGUAAAGUUUGGUACCUCGCCCGCCUCGCAGCUGUUCUUCUCCUGCGUCGAGGCCUUCUCCCAAAAUAUCAUGUACGGCGUGCUCUACGCCUUCACGCCAGAGAUCUUCCCCGCGCCGGUGCGUGGGGCCGGAACGGGCGUGGCGAGCUUCUUGAACAGGGCGAUGGGGCUUUUGGCGCCGUUGCUGGCGGCGAGCAUGCCAGGGGAUGGGGUCACGACGCCGAUUUAUCUGUCAGGGGCGUUGAUUUUGGCUGCAUUUGUCGGGAUGUGCCUGAUUCCCAUCGAGACGAGAGGUCGGCAAAGGUUGUGAUUAUUGUACUAUCUAACAAUAGAGCCCGAUGCCUAAAACUUUUUUAUUUGUCAAGAGUCCAUGAUUUUUUUCUAUUUUAUGGUAGCCGUGUGCUCUGGCUACAUUGCCUUCCCGAGGAACUCAACAAUGAGUCGGCUCAGUUCUGAAGGAGACUUCGUGCGGAGAUGGGAAAGGAUGGAAGACCAUGAGCCUGCCAACGUACCUACAUAUCCAGUAUCCUGAACCGGCAGUUUCCUCGUUGGUUCCCAGCAACCUGCCCCAUGCUUGCCACAAGCCGAUUGCUCUUCCCUUAAUUCGAGAUGACUGUGGGUUGCCCGUCUAAUCAUUCUGGAUGGAUCGAUCCAAGCCAUGUCCCCAUCAACAUCCUAGCAUCCUGGGUAACCAACUAAAGCAGAAGAGGCGCACAGGAUUCUCUCUAUUCAAUUUAAAUCAUCCUGAUUAUCCUGCACUCUUCUUAGUCC